AUGCUGAAUCAAGAAGCCGGCGCAGGUUUAUUUGGAUAUCGCCCUCAAUGCCAAGGAGUGGGGCUUACACAUCUGAGCUUCGCUGAUGAUAUCUUAGUUUUCACCAACGGGACAGUAGACUCUUUGAAGGGGGUAAUACAGACUAUGGAAAAAUUCGCAAAUAUGUUAGGAUUGCAUAUUAAUGCCUCAAAGUCAUCUCUAUAUGCUUCAGGACCGGGUACUGCAACUGUCUGUGAAGAAGCUCUCAGUUUAGGGAUUGCAGGAGGUAGCUUACCUAUUCGGUAUUUGGGCUUGCCUUUAACUACCAAGGCGCGGACCAAACUUGACUACGAGCCGCUCAUUGACAAAAUCAGAUCACGUAUGCUAUCAUGGACAAACAAGACUCUCUCUUUUGCAGGACGCCUACAGCUGAUUAAGUCAGUAGUAUCCAACAACUUCUGGAUCUCUGCAUUUAUAUUACCCAUGGGCUGUUUGGAUGCUAUAGAAAGUUUAUGCAGUGCUUUCUUGUGGUCGGGUUCCCUUAACCAGACACAUAAAGCUAAAGUUAAAUGGAACGAUCUGUGUUAUCCUAAAUCAGAGGGAGGACUGGGAAUCAGGAGGCUUCGUGAUUCGGUUAGAGUUUUUGCGCUCAAAUUGAUCUGGAGAUUAUUCACUGUCUCUAAAUCUCUUUGGGUCUCAUGGAUUCAACAUUACCUUCUCCGGCACAGUUCAUUUUGGGAUGUUCGAGAUGACACUUUGGGCUCCUGGAUUUGGAGGAAACUUCUCAAGAUGAGAGACAUGGCGUAUCAGUUCAUUAGGGUCGAAGUGGGGAAUGGUAACUGUGCUUUCUUCUGGCACGAUGACUGGCUACGUAUGGGGAAGCUUAUAAAUAUUACAGGAGCAACCGGUACGCGUUAUCUUGGGGUUCCGCGUAAUGCUAAAGUUAGUGAUGCUGUCUCUGAGGGCCAGUGGAAGAUAAGGGGCCAACGGAGUCGUCAUUAUCAUGAGCUGCAUCAUAGAGUCACAUGGGAGCAGAUACGGAGCAAGCGAGCUGAAGUAGUUUGGAGUAGAAGUGUUUGGUUCACACAAGGGAUCCCUAGGCAUGCAUUCCUAGUCUGGCUUGCGAUUCAGAAUAGGCUAUCUACAGGGGACAGAAUGAGAAAGUUGGGAAUCCUUCAGGGCUGUGUGUUAUGUGGUGAAAGAGAUGAGACACGAGAUCAUCUGUUUUUCGCAUGUCCAUACUCUUAUACAGUAUGGGAUCAUCUUGCUAGCAUACUGGUUGGAAGGAGGAUAAACCCGGACUGGCAUGAUAUGCUAAGGUAUAUUCAAGCAGGCACGUCCAAUGAGAUGGAUAUGAUUCUCAUUCGUCUAGUGUUCCAGGCUGUCGUGUACUAUAUUUGGCGAGAACGGAAUACACGAAGGCACCAACAAGAUCAACAGGGAACUGAGCAAAUGAUCAAAACAAUUAACAGAGGUAUCAAGAAUCGGAUUAGCUCUCUUGGUUACAAGGCGGGUCACAAGUUCAAUGGACUUCUUAGGAGAUGGUUUGAAGUCUUUGACUAG